UGAGGAGGAGUGCGCUACACACUCUUCAUCCUGUUCUUCCUCAAAGCCCACCUUUCAUCGGAACCACUUGAUCCCACCAAACUGGACCCCCAACACGGACGCAUGCCUCAACUUGGACAACGAUAUUGUUACAUUGGAUUUGCAUCACUGAGGAAAAUCUUGCAGGAGGAGUUGGGGGUGGGGCGGGGGGGUUAAAAACAGGAUUUUUUUUGUUUGUUUCUUAAUCUUUAUCUUCACCUCAUUGCAAAAUGGAUGCCGUCGACAGAAUGUGGAAACGUUCCUGGAUUAGCAGCUGAUGUAAUUGACAGCUGGGAAGAGGAGGGGAGGGUGCACAAAGUUUUUUUUUUGUUUUUGUUUUUUCCUCAAUCAUCCAGGAGGAGGAGGAGGAGAAGCACGGGAUGCAGUCCGGAGUCAAGACGCUCUCGGCAGGUGGAGGUGCGUCCCUCUGCUGCCUGCUGCUCCUUUGGCUUAUCUAUUCACAUCUGCUACGAGAGGGCCAGUUGGCAGUGGGAACCUGCGAGAUUGUGAUGCUCAACAGGGACAGCAGCUUUCCCAGACGGACCAUCGCCAGGCAGACAGCCCGCUGCGCCUGCCGGAGAGGUCAGAUUGCCGGAACCACACGGGCAAGGCCGGCCUGUGUCGACGCUCGAAUCGUGCGGAGUCGUCAGUGGUGUGAGAUGACACCCUGCAUGGACGGCGAGGUCUGCAGCCUCCUCUUCAACCGCUCGGGUUGGACCUGCACCCGAGGCAGCGGACGCAUCAAGACUGUCACGCCUUUGCCCAAGGAGCCAUCGUAGGACGCUGCGGCAGAACACCAAAACUAUAUAGCUCCAUGCUAGGAGAUGACCUGUGCUUGAUCACGACAUCAACAACAAAAAGGUUCACAAACUCAACACCAUGCCUUCACUUUCAAGUACUUUUUUUUUUUUACCAGAAGGUGACAAUACAGUGCAAACACAUUUAUUGCAAAACGUUGGAGGACAUUGAGGAAGAUUCACGUCUUCAUCCUCCAAGGUGAUUUUACAAACAUCACUUGAUAUGGACUCCUCGCUCAACAUCCGUUUCUGUUUUUUGAGCUUAUGAGGCAGUACGAGAUGUGGACGUCUACUGGACUCACUCACUGAGGUGAACAAUAUGCUGACUCUGCAAAUGUGGACAUUUUGAAUGACUCAGCAUAUAACGUCAGUAGUGUUUUUUUUUACUUGUUAGACUCGUUUUUUUCAAUGGAGAUCAUUCUUCAUUACAACAUCAGCGGCAUUUACUGCAGCACAUUGUGUGUGUGUGUGUGUGUGUGUACGCGCAUCUACGGAUACACUGUGAAAUAAAUCAUAUCCAAUUUCACACCAAAACGUUACAAAAGGAGUGUUAGGGUCACACACAAAACAAACAAAACAAAAUGGGAAUAUCGUCGUAAUGUCAAACUAGGUGUGUCCCAAUGACAUGCAUUGUUAGCUAGCUCAUAUUAACUGGCUUCAUAAUGCACAGAAAAGGGAAAGAAAUGUGUUCAUGUUUCGCACAAUGAUGCACCACAAAAAGUGCACUUCCCCUUUAAAUACUUAAGACAAAAAUUACUUCUUUUAUUGUGCUUUUUUCCCCCUUUUUGGCCCUAAUACUCCUUUGUAGAACACUCUCCAUCCAUCGGGCACGAAAGAAGCUUUUCUUAUUCUGAAUUUUUUUUUUAUUUGUGCAAAUAAAUAUUUAUGUGUUGGAAGGAAAAGGAAUCUAUCACUGAAAGUAGUGAGUAGUAACUUCUGCCAUUUGUUUGGAAAUACUUGUCUAAAUCGACUCUAUUUUGAUAUGAAAUGUAGUUUUUUUUGCCCAGCUAGAUGCUUGAUAUAUUUAAAAAGACCAACUGUAUAUAAAUAUCCUGUAUAUCAUGAUACAAUUAGUGUAAUUUACGUUCAGUACGAGACUGUUGACCCGUGAUGGUCACUUUUGCUACCACUGUUAUUGCGAUUGCAUUAAGGGGUAAACAAAUGCAUCAUUUUAAAGUGGUAAUUGUUAUUCAUUUGUUUGGCUAAAAGGUGAACACAAUAACAGGUAAUUAUUAUAAUAAUUAUUAUCAUAACAAUAACAAAAGUAAAGUUUUUUGUUUUUUUUAAACACGUCACAACACACAAGCUGCAAGAGUCAACUUGUAACACUGCAAAAAAAAACGUAUUAUAUAUAUAAAUGUUUUUUUUUACUCUAGGACAAAAGCAAUGUACUGCAUCCUGUUGUGCUGGUGUCCCUAUUAAUGUGACGAGCCGCUUUUAUUUCUUCUGUUGUUUCUUUGUACUUAACACCCUGUACAUCUAUGUUGCAAUGUAUGCAUUGGAGGAUAUAAAGACAGCAUCUGCUUGGGGGAACUCUUCUGAAUUUACCAUUUGUGUGUAAAUUGUCCAUAGGUAUGAAUGUGACUGUCAAUCAUCGUUUAUCUACAUGUGCCCUGUGAUUGGCUGGCGACCAGUCCAGGGUGUACCCGUGACCCUAGUGAGGAUAGGCUGCUUAGAAAAUGGAUGGAUUGAUGUAUAUUAAUGGUGUAACGAUACACAAACUUCACGAUUUGGUUCUGUUUGGUGUUAUGGUUCGAUCAUUUUUCUAUAUAAAAAUAACAGGGCUGUCAAAUGAUUAAAUUGUUAAUCAGAUUAAUCAUGCUUUAAAAAUGUUAAUUAAUCGUGAUUAAUCGUGAUUAAUCAUGAUUCAUCGCUAAGCCCUGGGUUCAAGUCCACCUUCGGCCAUCUCUGUGUGGAGUUUGCAUGUUCUCCCCGUGCAUGCGUGGGUUUUCUCCGGGUACUCCGGUUUCCUCCCACAUUCCAAAAACACGCUAGGUUAAUUUACGACUCCAAAUUGUCCAUCGGUAUGAAUGUGAGUGUGAAUGGUUGUUUGUCUAUAUGUGCCCUGUGAUUGGCUGGCGACCAGUCCUUUCCUUUUUUGAGGAAAAAAGGUAGAAAAUGAAUGAAUAAUAAUAAUUACUCCGGUUUCCUCCCACAUUCCAAAAACAUGCUAGGUUAAUUAGUGACUCCAAAUUGUCCAUAGGUAUGAAUGUGAGUGUGAAUGGUUGUUUGUCUAUAUGUGCCCUGUGAUUGGCUGGCGACCAGUCCUUUCCUUUUUUGAGGAAAAAAGGUAGAAAAUGAAUGAAUAAUAAUAAUUACUCCGGUUUCCUCCCACAUUCCAAAAACAUGCU